AUGGGUGCGAUUACCAGGGGCGAUUUUGUCUGCACUUUUGAGGACUUGAGUCUAGUCAACAUCCACAAUAUGACAAGAAGCGAAAGAACGAGGAUCCAUCAACUAUGGGGGGAGGAAACUUCACAGAAUGCCUGUGUUGAGUCUGUACACAUCGUAUUCGGUGAUAUUGCCCAAGAAGGAACUCGAUCGACCGAACAGACACGAAGCCAUACUGCAUUCAACAACAUGGCUGACGCAGGUGGCGCUGGUAGGCAGCAGACCCACGGAACCCUGCAAAAUAUGACCAAUAAUCAAGCAUUCUUCAUGGGUGACUUGAUAUCAGAAGAACCAGAACAACUCCAGGGCGUUGCGAAUCGUCUGCAUGGAAAAGACAACUUCUCGAUAUGGGCGUGGAACGUGAAAAGAAUCCUCACAGCUGCGAGCUAUGUCCAACUUAUCGAUAAAUCGGUGCCGCGACCUAACAGCAAUUCCCUGAACUAUAGAAGAUGGCAAGACGCAUCAAUGCAAGUCAGCCUCUGGCUUACAUCCCAAAUUACGGAGGAUGUACAGAGGUUACUCGAACACUCGCCAAUGAGUAUAGAAUAUGCAGACGAUACAUUUAAAGCUAUUCAGAAAGUUAUUUUUGGGCAAGGCGUCAUGCAAGCCAGCGUUGCUGUCAUGAAGCUUGCAAAUUUAAAACGAGCAGACUUCGCAACUGCAAAAGACUUUAUUACACAAUAUCGACACGCUAUAGACACUUGCCAAUACUUAGACAUCGAAAUAGGGCCGUUAUACUCUGCAUUAGUCUUCUUGUCAAAUAUACGUGCUGAUAUGCCUAACUGGGUGGAUAACAGCGAACACGCACUCACAGAUGACAAGAUCAAGAAGUACCAAUGGACGGACUUUCGAGAACUCGCAUAUGAAGCCUACAUCCGCGCUGAUACAGAUACACGCGUUGAAUCGGUUUCAUCUGCACCAAAACAACCCCGGAACGGUGGGAACCGUGGUGGAUCAAAAAGAGAACAACAACGCCAAAGAAUGCGAAGGUUUCAUCCAAACGGCAAAAAACUCCAAACGUGCUCCUUUUGA